AGUUUGGAACUACGAAUGCUCGAAUGAAGUAUAUUAUAAUCGUGCAAAUUUCUGGUGGAAGACACAAAAGUAAUUCUGUCAGGAAUCAAUGAAGUUAGGCUAUAAUUCCUCGAAGGAAUUAAUUUUCUCAAUCAGAGUACUUAACUGGCAGAUAUGUCAAAUUCGCUUGUACAAAAAAGUCUGGAAUUGUUUGGUUACGAGAAAGAUUCCAAACAAGGUAAAAAAAGAAAGCUCAAAAGAUACCGGGGUGUAUUGGAUUUAAUUCCAACGCAACACAAGGUUGUUUCAAAGCGUAAAAAGUCUGAUGACAAUAUAGUUAUAAGUAGAUCAAGUAAGAUCACUGUGCACGAAGCCAAGAAGCAAUUGGAGACCAAAAGUGAUCCUACAGAAGAGAAUGUUCAGCGCCUUCUUAUUCUAAGUAACAAUCGAAUUGAUACUAAAACAACGGAUACGUUGCUAGAGCGUGCACUAAAAAAGCAGCGCAAAUCCAAACCAAUAAAGGAGACACAGAAUGAAAGUAGCGCAUUCACUGAAGCAGACUUCAUAAAGUUCGAAAAAGAAUUUUUAGGGUCAUAAAUACUUGAUGCAAAUAAACAGUUGCUGUGCCACUAAAUAGUUAUUCAGUGAUGUUAGAAAGCGAUCGUGAAAAAGGCAAAGCAAUUCUAAUUUUAAUUUCCGCUAUUUUUCUAUAUUAUUCCAUCUGGGUAAUCGGACUACCAUUUAUAGAUGACAGUAGACUCCGUUCUUUGUUCUAUAAUCACAAUGUUGCCUUAUUGAUUCCUGCUAUUGUUGGUUUAUGCUUCAUUGGUGGUUUAGUGUUAUUUACAGUCUACCAUGUCAAACCACAUUUAGCGAUAUGCAAAUCACCGGAAAAGUACGAAAAAUGUGUUUAUUAUAACAAAAUGUAGAUAUAUAUAUAUAUAAAAAUAUAUUCCACAGUUCCAUUCAUUA